AUGUCAGACUCGCUUUCUGACGCGGAUAAGAUCCGCAACAAGCGCCUGGCAAAGCUUUCCAAUCCAUCGCCAUCAUCGCCAUCUGUGGGCGGCUUAUCUGAUUCGCCUCCAAACUCGGCCAACCCCUCCUCCCCCUCACGGUCGCCCAUUGCUCGAGAGCCACCCAGUGAGAAUAGAACCGCCCCACCAUCUUCAGCGCAGACACCUCAACAUCCGGAGGGGAAGCGGAUCAAGAUAGGCACAGCCGAUUCAGUUGAUUCAGUUCCGGAACGACCACGUUCAACCGCGCCGUCUACUCCGAGUACCCCGCCUCCGGCAAAGCAAGAAACGAUCGAGACCUUUGAGGACCGGACCUUGAGUGCUGUAUUCAGACUUACCUUGAAAGAAGAGGGACAAAAGGAUAUAAAUGGCCAAAGAAUUUACCUGCCCGGCUUGCGGGGCGAGCUACAGGAUGAAAGCAAAGAGCUGCGUAUCCAAACAGCAAUUUUAGACCAGGCGCUCCUUGAGGCCGCUUCCAAAGCUGACCGCGGGCGCCCACUGGAUUAUCUGCUACCAUGUUGGAAACGUAUAACAAAGUUACAUAAUGGGUUCCGACGGACGAGAGACGAUGACCCGAAAUUCCAGGUGCUUUGUGAGGCCCGACGGCUGUGCAUGAGUUAUUGCAUAUUUGGAAUUACCAUGCCGGAGAUGUUUGGACUCGAUUCCCCGGAACGCUCUACAUUGGUACCACACCUAUUACUUGACUUAGACAGUGAUAAGAGCGUGGAUCCUGGCUUCAUUAGCGAGGCGGUUAAGCGAUUUGAGGAGGAUGAUAGUCUCAAGCCUGUCUUUAUUGCUGCGGUGGAGGAGCUCAGCUCGGAUCUUUCGAAGUUGGAUAUUAUCGAUGAUUUCAAACCUUAUGCCCUGGCGCUACGAAACCUCGUCCAAAAUCCCGUUAUUGCGGCUGCAAUUACAGAGUCGGAUGUUUUCAACGCUUCCAAGGACCCUGCACAGUUUGAAAAGGCUACUCUGUUGGGACCUUGGUUCCGCCUAUCCCCUCUGCAAGCCAACGUAACAAUGUCAUAUUUCUCUAGCCCAAAGACGCGAGACCAAGGGUAUAUUUCGAAUGCCCAGGGGUCUCUCCGCAUGAUGCAGCAAAUGGUCAGCUCAGACCUGCUCUUCAUCAUCAACCACAUGAUUCGUGCCUCCAAAGAAGCCCGCGAUCGAGUUCUCGAUUGGUUUGCGACUGCAUUGAACAUUAACCACAAACGGCGGGCAAUGCAAGUUGAUCCUGAGCAAGUUUCAUCAGACGGGUUCAUGUUCAACAUUACAACAUGUCUUGACCAUCUUUGCGAACCAUUUAUGGAUGCUUCUUUUACUAAGAUUGAUCGUAUUGAUGCAGAGUAUCUUCACCGUGAUUCCCGAGUCGAUAUGCGGGAUGAAACAAAGAUCAAUGCCGAUCAACAUGCAUCGGAUGCAUUUUAUUCUAAAAAAGCUGAGGGCACAUCAAACUUCAUCACUGAGAUCUUUUUCUUGACAGUUGCCGCACAUCACUACGGCAGUGAGUCCCUGACAUCCAAACUUGAACAGCUCGAGAAGGAUUUGCGCCACAUGGAAUCUACCAUAACUAAGUUUGAACUGGAGCGACACCGGUGGACUGGAAAUCCCAUGCAGCUGCGAGUAUACGAGCAAGCCUUGAAGAAGUACAAGGACAAACUUGAUCUAGGACUAGCCUUGAAGUAUAGUCUCCAGGGUGUGCUGUUUGACGAUCAAUGGCAAGCUCGUUCAAUGCUUUUCAUGCGCUAUGUGACUGUUUGGCUCUUAAGGCUAGUUUCAGGCGUGAACUUCCCCAAGCAAAACAUCACAUUGCCUCUCCCCGAACAACAGCCCGAGGUAUUCAAGUGUCUUCCGGAGUACUUCCUCGAGGAUAUUGUCAGUAAUUUCAAAUUCAUCAUGUGGUGUAUGCCGCAGAUCAUCACCGCUACUCAGGGCGACGAGCUGGUGAUGCUGUGCAUUACAUUUCUGGAGAGCUCUAGCUACAUCAAAAACCCAUACCUAAAGGCUGGCCUUGUUUCAAUCCUAUUCCGAGGUACAUGGGAUCGCCCUGGUGGCGCUCGUGGUGUUUUGGUUGACCUACUCAACUCCAUGAAGUUUGCCAAUGAGUAUAUUUUGCAUGCAGUCAUGAAGUUUUAUAUCGAGGCCGAGCACACGGGAACUCACACUCAGUUCUAUGACAAGUUCAAUAUUCGUUAUGAGAUUUUCCAGAUUAUAAAAUGCAUCUGGCCUAACCCGCUGUACCGAGAGAAGCUCUCUAUUCAAGCAAGCCAAAAUUUGGAUUUCUUCGUUCAGUUCGUCAAUUUGCUUCUUAACGAUGUGACCUACGUGCUCGACGAAUCUUUCGGUGCCUUCAAAACCAUCAAUACCACUCAGACGGAGUUGGCUCGGGAGGGCCACUCGAUGGACCCGACCACACGACAGCAACGAGAGGAGCACCUGUCGUCAGCCCAAAGAAGCGCCAAGUCAUACAUGCAAUUGACAAAUGAGACCGUUGCCAUGCUGAAGCUCUUCACAGAUGCCCUGGCUGAUUCAUUCACCAUGCCUGAAAUUGUCCAGCGUCUGGCUGACAUGCUGGAUUACAAUCUUGAUGCUAUGGUUGGUCCCAAGAGUGCCAAUCUUAAGAUUGAUAACCUGCAAGAAUAUGGAUUCAACCCCCGUGCUCUACUCAGUGACGUGACCGACGUUUAUCUGAACCUCAUGUCCAAGCCAAACUUCAUCACAGCUGUUGCUCGGGAUGGUCGAUCCUAUAAGCCUGCAAAUUUCGAAAAGGCAGCAGAAAUUCUCCGCAAAUGGUCUUUGAAGUCUACGGAAGAGUUUCGUAGCUGGAGCAAAUUUACCAAGAAGGUGGUGGAAGCCAAGGCAGCAGAUGACCAAGAAGAGGAGGAUCUCGGCGAGGUUCCUGAUGACUUCUUGGAUCCUCUCAUGUACACAUUGAUGGAAGACCCCGUCAUCCUUCCAAACUCGCGGAUAUCGAUUGAUCGUGCCACUAUUCGCUCACAUCUGCUGAGUGAUCCCCAUGAUCCUUUCAAUCGUGUCCCAUUGACAAUAGAUGACGUGAUACCCGACACUGAGCUCAAGGCCAAGAUCGAAGCCUUCAAAGCCGAACGAACUGGGCGUAAGGCCCCAACGGAGUCAAUGGAUACCUCGGCCGGUUAA